CUGGCGAGAGAGUGUGAGAGAGAGAUUUAUUGAGAGCAUCAUCAAUGGGUGAGUAACACUGAGCAUAGACAUUAGCAGCGAAGAAGGCUUCAGUAAAAUCAUACAGCAGUUUCAAAGUAGAGCCAGAAAGCAUCAGGACCAUCAUCUGAACAACCGCCCGGAGACAGGCUCCAUCAUGACUGCAAUGGAGGAGCAGGCAGAGACUGGCUGCAUGACUGAAUAACACUGGCCGCUUUUUGAGGAAUAACCCUGGUACUGACUGUAAUAGCGAGGGAGCUGACUCAGUGGUUUAUACAGCAGAACUGUGACAGGGAUUGACCCCCUCAACACUUCUCCAUUAGGGUGCUGCAAUAAGACAGCCAUGCCGCCCCCAGCCGACAUCGUGAAGGUUGCUAUUGAAUGGCCUGGUGCUAAUGCUCAGCUUAUAGAGAUGGACCAGAAAAGACCUUUGUCUUCAAUUAUACGGGAAGUAUGUGAUGGCUGGUCUUUAUCAGGAUCCGAGCAGUUUGCUCUGCGUUAUGCUGAUGGCCCUCAGCUUUAUAUUACUGAGCAGAGCCGUGGUGAAAUCAAGAACGGGACCAUCCUUCGAUUAGCCAUUUCCCCUGCUCGUGCUGCUCGUCAACUUUUGGAAAGGAUCCAGUCCCACGGUAUCGACGCUCGCCUGGAGGCGCUGAAAGAGCUCGCCAAGCUGUCCGCAGACCCAACCUUUGCCGCGGAGUUCAUCAAUAUGGAGGGCAUUGGGACGCUGGCACGUCUUGUUGAGAGUGGCACCCACUUUGGUGAAAUGCUGGCCUUCACUCUCACUGCUUUCCUGGAGCUAAUGGAUCAUGGCAUUGUUUCCUGGGACCUUAUCUCCCUCUCCUUCAUCAAACAGAUUGCAGGCUAUGUGAACCAGCCGAUGGUGGACGUGUCCAUCCUGCAGCGUUCUUUAGCCAUCCUCGAGAGUAUGGUCCUUAACAGCCACAGCCUCUACCAUCGAGUGGCACAGGAGAUCACCGUGGGACAGCUCAUCGGGCACCUGCAAGUGUCAAACCAGGAGAUCCAAACCUACGCCAUCGCUCUCAUCAACGCUCUUUUCCUGAAGGCACCAGAGGACAGACGGCAGGAGGAGUAUACUAACCCGCUGGAGCAGCACCUUACUGAAAUGGCAAGCACUUUGGCUCAGAAACACCUGCGUUCCAUCAUCCUCAACCAUGUUAUCAGAGGAAAUCGACCAAUCAAAGCAGAAAUGGCACAUCAGCUGUACGUGCUGCAGGUGUUGACCUUCAACCUUUUGGAAGAACGAAUGAUGACCAAAAUGGAUCCCAACGACCAGGCUCAGAGAGACAUCAUUUUUGAGCUGCGAAGGAUUGCUUUUGAUGGAGAAAAUGACCCCACCGGUACAGAAAAGAGAAAGGCCAUGUAUUCCAAGGACUAUAAAAUGCUGGGGUUCACUAACCAUGUGAAUCCGGCCAUGGACUUCACCCAGACUCCUCCAGGAAUGCUGGCUUUGGACAACAUGCUGUACCUCGCCAAGGUUCACCAGGACACAUACAUCAGGAUUGUCCUGGAGAACAGCAGCCGCGAGGACAAGCACGAAUGUCCCUUUGGCCGCUGUGCCAUCGAACUCACUCGAAUGUUGUGUGAGAUCCUCCAGGUUGGAGAAUUGCCUAAUGAGGGCUGCAACGACUACCAUCCUAUGUUCUUCACUCAUGACCGGGCAUGGGAGGAGUUCUUCUGUGUCUGCAUCCAGCUACUUAAUAAAACCUGGAAGGAGAUGAGGGCCACAGCUGAGGACUUCAAUAAGGUGAUGCAGGUGGUCCGUGAGCAGAUCACCAGGGCUCUGGCGAUGAAGCCGUCAUCUUUAGACCAGCUGAAGAAUAAACUGCGAGGCCUCAACUAUUCAGAGAUUCUGCGUCUGCGGCAGUCAGAGAGAAUGAGCCAAGACGACUUCCAGUCUCCUCCCAUCAUUGAGCUGCGGGAGAGAAUUCAGCCCGAGAUCUUGGAGCUCAUCAAGCAACAGCGACUCAACCGGCUUUGUGAGGGGAGCUGUUUCCGCAAGCUGGGGAACCGCCGAAGGCAAGAGAAGUUUUGGUUCUGCAGACUCUCACUGAAUCACAAAGUGCUGCACUAUGGAGACCUCGAUGAGUCACCUCAGGGUGAAGUGCCUUUUGAGCUACUUAGUGACAAGAUCCCCGUGUCUGACAUCAAGUCUGUGGUGACCGGGAAGGACUGCCCUCAUAUGAAAGAAAAGAGUGCUCUGAAACAAAACAAGGAGGUGCUGGAGUUAGCCUUCUCUGUGCUCUAUGAUCCCGAUGAGACACUCAAUUUUGUUGCACCCAACAAGUAUGAGUACUGCAUCUGGACUGAUGGGAUGUGUGCGCUGCUGGGCAGAGAGAUGGGCAGUGACCUGACGCGCAGCGACCUAGAUACUCUCAUCAGCAUGGAGAUGAAGCUCCGCCUCCUCGACCUUGAGAAUAUCACCAUCCCAGAAGCCCCGCCCCCCGUGCCGAAGGAGCCUAGCUCAUAUAACUUUACCUACAACUACAGCUGAGGUGUGUGUGUGUGUGUGUGUGUGUGUGUGUGUGUGUGUGUGUGUGUGUUUGUCAAGGAUGAGUAUACUCGAUCUUUUGAUGAAUUUAGCUGCAGACGUACACCAGAUAAGGUUACUUUGAAUACUUUUUUUUUAAAUAUUUUAAAACCCUUGAGACUUCUCUCCAUCCGUGUUUGUGAUGCUGUAUGGUUAGUCAAAUAGCAGUCAUAUGUGAGUUCAGAGGUCAGGGUCCACUACAGAGCAGUACCGGAGCUGGUAUAAUCUCAUUUAUCAGUGCAGUCUCCAGGCAACGCCUCCCAAUUAUUUGCUAUUUAAAGGUAUAAACGCCUGUAAAGUGAAGGAAUACUGUGCCUAAUGGGGAAUAUGGAUGAACGAAUAUAUUUUAGCCAAAUUGUGGCUUAACUGGUCAAUCAAACCAUGAGUGUGGUGCAUGGCAACAGAAGAUGAAGUGGCUACUAUUCCAGUUUUAACAGUGUGUUCACUUUGUUCAGUCUGUCCCUCUACAUGACUGACAAACAGUCAAACGUCACACAGGAUAGAGUGCAUGGGCCGAGAGUUGACACAUUCACACACUCCUGAAAUGAGAUUCAGCCAGUGUCUUGCUCAAGGCCAGGAGGAGGGAUACACACACAGGGGAUCGAACACAACGUUUCUGGUGAAAGGGCGUUUAUUUGAAUGGAGUCUGCUGGGUUUAGCGAUAGUGAGUUUGGGGAUGUUUCGUGUUAAACAAAAAAGAUUGACCUUUGUAGGGAUCCUUUCCACAAUGUUGUCAGACACUUAGAACAAUAAUAUAAGCAUGGAAGGAGUAAAAUAAACACUUUUUGUGGACGUAAAUUCAAGGUGAGCAAUUGCCCAAUAACUUACAUUGUAGCUUGUUUCGCCGAUGCCGACUGCAGCGGCCUUGCUUAAUACUGGACCAAUUUCAAAGAUUGUUGUUCCCAUCAGUCAGUUAGACACAAACACAUAGGAUAAUAGGCUCCAGGUUAAAGUUACUCUUUAAGUGUUUGUCAACAUUCAGAUUAAUUGCCUGUCCAUCAACUAAUUAAUUAUUACUGUAAUCGUUUCAGCUGCACCAAAAUGGUGCUGUCAGCUAAUAUGGUUUUACGGCUUCUGUUUACUCAACAUUCAUGCUGCUUUAGAUCAUUCGACUCACUUUUUUCUCAGACUAAAACACCUUUUCAUAGCUUGUUAAACAGUGUGAAAAGCUAUAUCCCAUUGAAUUUAAACUGUUUGUGUGUGUGUGUGUGUGUGUGUGUGUGUGUGUGUGUGUGUGUGUGUCAAUAUUCCAUGAGCGUGUUGCUCAUGUAAGUCAGGGCCAAAGCUCCGACAUCCAACACAUUAAAAAACAUGAAUAGCUCUUUUUUUAAAUCAUAGUCACUGCAUUGCCUUAUCAGUCAUAUACUCACUAUAUAUUUUGGGUAACAUGAGCAUUUACAUAAAUGAGUUCCAACACAUUAUACUAUAAUGUGUGUUAAUGUUUUUCUUACUAUGACUUCUCCUGUGAAGCAUUCAUAACUGAUGUACUGGUGUAUAAACAGUUAAUCAACGUUUGAUAACAGUAUAUAGUUUAAAUAAUAUAUAAUCAUAUAUCUUCAAUAGUUAACAAAUAGUCAUACUGUAUAUUGGCUUACAUCAGUGUUUCUCAAACUUUUUACACCACUUACCACUUCAGAAAAUAUUAGGCUCUCUAAGUACCACCAUUACGGCCAACGUUAGGACAGUUCACGCAGGAGGCAGGUUUAUUCCUAAAAACAAUAUUUAUUGUCGACAGCCACAGCCCAAUGUACUUCCUCCAUCCUGUUCCAACUGAAGCCAAAUUUGAGGUAACUCGGGUCAUAUCUACAUACUGUUUAGCAUCAUUAGCUGCUAGCAGGGUCUGUGGAGACUUCUCCGCCUCUGCUUAAGAAGCGACUAGCACUUAUGGUCGUCCACAUUUUCUCCUCAUCCACACUUCUCUUCCUCAUAGUUAAAGUUUGGAGCCACAAUGCAGUGUUUUUAAACCAUACAUUUUACCUCACUGUCUUACCACUUACUAUCUUACCAUCACAGCUCGUAACUAAUUAUGGAUGUAUGCGCGCUCUGUUCAUGAACAUAACUAUAUAGCAAGCUGAUAUCGAAACAAAAUAUUAUACUUAAACAAACACUUAUUUGUAGUAUUUCUUGGUAUUAUGUUUUUAAAUUAAUUAAUUUCAAUAAAAAAAAUAUAUAUAUAUCAGAGAUUUCAUCUACGUACCACUAGAGGGAACUCGCGUACCCCAGUGGUACUUGUACCACAGUUUGAGAACCAGCGGCUUAUAGUAUAACAAUUUUACAGUGUUAUAAAUCCUUUAACUGUUUACAUGAUGAUUACAUGAUUGAAACUAUGUAUAGAUGUAUUUAAAAGUACUGAAAAUAUAAUUAUGAUUACAACUAUGUUAUAUUGUGUUAUCAAACACUGAUUAAAUGUUAACCCACCAGUUAUGAAUGCCUCAUAGGAGGGGUAACAGUUUUUAACAGACAAUAAUAAACACUUAAAAAUGUCCUCGUAAAAUAGAAAAAAUAUAUACCGUUAUUUUCCAUCCGCAUUGGAAAUUUGUCUUUGGCUCAUCAAACAUCAUAUGUGCUACAACUACAUAAUAGUAUCCUAUAAACCAUUUUUAAUUGUUUUUAUUCUGCUUAUAAAUACUAAAUUAGAUUUGGGUUGAAAUAAAGUGUUACCAUAUUUGGAAAGAUUAUAGUGACAAGUUACAGUGGUGUUUCUUUUCAGUAAAACAAACUUACCUGACAUUCCAAGAGUUUUUGAUGCCCGUUGUAAUGGAAUUAAGCAGUUUUGAGGCUUGGUUUCAGACUUUUUGUCACACUGCACAGGCAAACAGGAUAAAAGAGCAGCUCUGUUGGCCUGUUUUGAGAAGCACGACCCUCAAAUGUAUGGAAGCAGGUCAAAAAUGGCUGAGUGACAUGGGCCUUGGGAACAUACUGCUCAUUUAUCAUAAGAGCAGACAGUAUUUUGUGCUUUGUAUACAGUGUUAUAAAUUAUACUAUGAUUGCUUGAUGUUUUCUUGUUUCCAUAGUGUCAUUGGUUUGUGUAUUUUAUACAUGUCACUUAAUGUCCUGUCAACUUCUAAACCAGUACUAAUCACUGUCACUUGUUAAUGCAGAAUAGAAUUAUAUUUUUGUAAAUGAUUGUACAAUCUUAUCAGCUGUGAAGAGAAUGGUGUCAAGCUAACAGCAUUUUCACUUUGUGUCACUCUGUACAGUACAUUCAACACACUCAUGUGGAUGGACAUUUCUCACUGAAAACUCGAUUUUUGGUCUUCACAUUUUUUAAAGUCACAACCACGUAUUUCAUACACCAACACCUCAUUUUCAUUAGCAAUGACACCCACUCCAGCACCUAAUGAUGUCAGUGUUAAUGUGUCUUAUAAUGCUAAUGGGAAAAAAUUUAAAUUACUGUUGAUGCUGUUUGUGGAAAGAAUUAUAUUUGAAGUUAGUUGUUGUUUUUUCAAAUCAUGUUUUUGCUGUUUGAUUUUUAACUGAUGUUGGAGGAUGUAACGGUUCUCUGUGGAGGUUUAGACCUCUAGUAGUGCUGUGGAGCUGUUUUUCUAUGAGUGGGUGCCUGUUUUGUUUGUCUCGUACACGCAAACGAGAACACACAUGCAGUAGGCUACACAUUACUGCCAAUGGUCCAAUACUCCACUGAUCAACAGGUGGUGGUAAUUCACUAAUACAUGCGCCAAUGCGCCAGUAAAGACAGGAUAGAAGAAGACUGCAAGCUAUAAAACAUGGAUGUAAACAAUACUGGAUUUAAAAUACUUAUAAAAUCGACUUUGCAAAUGUUGAAGACACGUUUGUUACAACUUAAAGAUAUAGACAUCAGUAAUACUGAAUGUAAACAUAACCUUUGUUUACAAGAAAAUUCCACAGGGCACCUUCAACUGCUUUAAAAACAUUAUUUUAUAUUCCAGCAAGUCAUCAAACUGCAGCUAAAAUAUAUCAAUAACCACAAAAUACCAGAGUGUGUUAAGGAUUGUUGCGUUGGAUGUACUAAUACUAUGACUUGAGGUUUAUCUGGUACUCUUUUACAUGACUUGCUAAACUAUUUAUUUACACUUGCUAGUGCUAGUAAAGAAUGACAUGUUGUUAGAUAAGAAAUAACAAAUCUAAAUAUGGUAUACAUAUAGAUCAUUGUAUGUAUAUACAGUAUUGUGUUGCCUUAUUGAAGAAAAUGUAUUAUGUUUUGUGUGAAUAAAUACAGAGUCUAACUACUGUU